AUUAUAUAUGUAUGAAGAUAAAAAAAUUUUACUAUGAAUAAGUACUAGAUAACGUUAGUUGAAUUUUUCUGUCUUUGUCUAACAGAUAACUAGAUCCUAGAUAAGAUUAGUCCGAUUUUUACUAGUUAAGAAACUAGAUAAUCACUUAAUAAUUCUUUUACCAAAUAGUCAUUCUUAAAAUUCUCUAUUUAUAGAUUCACAUGCCCAGUCCACGCAUACACAAUUCUCUUCACUAUAUAAAUCUCCACUUCUCUUUCACCUUGUUGAAAGAAAACAAGAUUUAACAACCAAAAGAAAGUAGAGAAUGAGAGGAAAAUAUAUGUUCUUACUAGUGCUCAUUGCCUUGGCCUCCGAUGAAGUUUUUGCCAAGCAAAAGUCUUCAAUGCCUAAACUAAGAAGAAGUGAUUUCCCAGAAGGUUUCAUUUUUGGGUCUGCAACCUCUGCCUACCAGGUUGAAGGAGCUGCUCAUGAAGAUGGUAGAGGACCAAGUAUCUGGGAUACAUUCUCUGAAAAAUACCCAGAGAAGAUUCAAGAUGGUAGCAACGGGUCUAUUGCAGGUGACUCUUACCGUCUUUACAAGGAUGAUGUGGCUAUAAUGCAUCAAAUUGGUUUCAAUGCCUACAGAUUCUCCAUCUCUUGGUCAAGAAUCUUGCCACGUGGGAAUCUAAAAGGAGGAAUCAACCAGGCUGGUAUUAACUAUUACAACAAGUUGAUCAAUGAGCUUUUGUCCAAAGGAAUCAAGCCUUUUGCCACAAUUUUCCAUUGGGAUACGCCACAGGGACUUGAAGAUGCUUACGGUGGAUUUCGUGGGGCGGAGAUUGUGAAUGAUUUCCGCGAUUAUGCGGAUAUUUGUUUUAAGAAUUUUGGUGAUAGAGUGAAGCAUUGGAUGACACUGAACGAGCCGUUGACAGUGGUGCAACAAGGUUAUGCUCUAGGUAUAAUGGCUCCAGGAAGAUGCUCCAAAUUUACAAACCCUAAUUGUACCGCCGGAAAUGGAGCCACUGAGCCUUAUAUCGUUGGUCACAACCUCAUCCUUGCUCACGGAGCGGCCGUUGAAGUCUACAGAGAAAAAUACAAGGUGUCUCAAAAAGGUCAAGUCGGUAUUGCUUUGAACGGGGGUUGGAACUUGCCCUAUACCGAAACAGCGGAGGAUAAGUUAGCUGCGGCACGAGCCUUGGCCUUCACAUUUGACUACUUCAUGGAGCCGCUCGUGACUGGUAAAUAUCCAGUCGACAUGGUCAACAACGUAAAAGGUGGUCGGUUGCCUACAUUCACAGCAAAACAAUCAAAGAUGCUGAAGGGCUCAUAUGAUUUCGUUGGCAUCAAUUACUACUCUUCUUCUUACGCAAAGAACGUCCCUUGCUCAACCGAAAACGUUACAUUAUUCUCCGAUCCUUGUGCAAGCGUCACGGGUGUGAGAGAAGGAGUUCCCAUCGGUCCAAAGGCUGCCUCGGAUUGGCUUUUGAUAUAUCCAAAGGGGAUUCGUGACCUUGUCCUCUAUGCAAAAUACAAGUUUAAGGAUCCUGUCAUGUACAUAACCGAGAACGGGAGAGAUGAACCUAGUGUUUCCGGUAAAAUCUUACUUAAAGAUAGUGAUAGAAUCGAUUACUACGCUCGACAUCUUGAGAUGGUUCGUGAGGCUGUCUCGGUUGGAGCCAAUGUGAAGGGCUUUUUCGCGUGGUCGCUGCUAGAUAACUUUGAGUGGGCAAAUGGUUACACGGUCCGGUUCGGGUUGGUUUAUGUGGAUUACAACGAUGGUGGUAAGAGAUAUCUCAAGAACUCAGCUCACUGGUUCAAAAAGUUCUUGCAUCAUAAGAAAAACAAUUGAUAAGGUUUGUAUUUUCCCGUUUUAUCGAAUAUCUCUUUAUUCUGAUUUUGGUAGUAAGAGAUAUCUUCAAGUCUAGUCUGAUUUUGGAUAUUUUCGUUCGGUUUUGGUUCAGAUAUUUGGAUCUGAUUUCUUCUCAGGUAUAGAUAGGAGCGAUGACAAUAAAGUAGUUAUUUUGAUUGAUAAUUAAUAUUCCAUUUGUUUCACAAAAGUAUCAUUUGGUAUUUUUUUUCUUGUUAUAAAGUGCCAUUUUUAGA